AUGGUGUAUGCAUCUGAGUUCGCUGAGGGAUUCCGAGACAGUGCCGGUUUUGGGUGGGAGGUGGAUGGAUGGCCAAAACACAACUGGGACAUGUUACUGCAGAAUAAACGCCAAGAACUGGAUCGGCUGAAUUCUGUUUACAGCAAACUACUUGAUGGCUCUGGAGUACAAUUUAUGGAGGGACGAGGGACUGUUGUGGAUCCCAAUACCGUUGAAGUCAAUGGCACGAGGUACACGACAAGGCACAUUCUGAUCUCUACAGGGGGACGUGCAACAAAGCUGGACAUUCCUGGGGCAGAGCAUGCCAUCAUCAGUGACGAUGCGCUUGAGUUGGACAAGUUGCCUAAAAGAAUCGUCAUCAUUGGUGCUGGGUACAUUGCUGUGGAGUUUGCAGGAAUAUUCAACAGCUUUGGCAGUGACACACACUUGGUGUAUCGGGCAGACCGCCCUCUCAGGGGAUUCGAUGAAGAGGCCCGAAAUUUCAUAACAGAGCAGUAUGAGGUUGAGGGCGUGCACCUUCAUGCGAAUUCAACACCUGUUGACAUCGUGAAAGAUUCGGAAGGAACGUUUUCAGUGCAGCUGAAAGAUUCAAAUGGUGACCUGUCAACGAUUGAGCAGGCAGAUACAGUCUUUAUGGCCACGGGACGAGCCCCGAACACGAAAAAUUUGGGACUGGCAGAAGCUGGAGUUGAAUUGAGUCGCAAGGGAGCUGUGGUUGUGGACGAAUACUCUCAGAGCACCGUUCCCAGCAUUUGGGCCAUUGGCGACGUCACUGAUAGGAUCGCCUUGACGCCUGUUGCGAUCAUGGAAGGCAUGGCUUUAGCAAAAACAUUGUUUGGUGAUGAAAAGACAAAGCCAGAUCAUCUCAACGUGGCUAGUGCUGUGUUUUCACAGCCACCAUUGGCAACUGUGGGAAUGACAGAGGACAAAGCGGCACAGGAACUGGGAGAUGUGGACAUUUACACCUCAGUCUUUCGCCCACUGAAAAACACAAUAUCAAACAACCCUGGGAAAUCCUUCAUGAAGCUCGUGGUGGAUGCGAAAACUGACAGGGUUGUCGGGGUGCACAUGGCCGGAGCAGACUGCGCUGAGAUCAUGCAGGGAAUGGCUGUUGCGGUGAAGUUGGGUGUAACGAAGCGCCAGCUUGACAGCGUUGUUGGUAUUCAUCCAACCGCAGCUGAGGAGUUCGUCACCAUGCGAAAUGUUACAAGAAAAAUUCGUGCUUGA